AUGAAGCUGCAGGCCAAAUCGGGCGGCAACAGCCGCGACUUUGCCAUCGUCUUCAUCAUUGGUACACUCAUUCCUGCCCUCCACUUUAUCUCUCCCGCCACCACUUCUAACCAGGCUCUAGGGGCUCCCGGUGCGGGGAAAGGAACGCUGUCGGCAUAUCUCGCGCAGAAACACAACCUCGUGCACUACUCUGUUGGUGAUGGCCUGCGUGCUUGGAUGCGCGUCAAUCGCUCCACAGAACUCGCUGCAAAGAUUCAGAGCAAGCUCGACAAUCAAGGUUUCCUGACCUCUGAGGAUCUCAACCCCUUCAUUUACCGCGAAGUUCUCGACGCCAUUAACCGCAAUGAGUCCGAAGUGAAAGGUAUCUUGAUCGACGGGUAUCCGCGAUGCAUUGAACAAUUGGACUCCUUCGGAACAUGGCCUUUCCAGGACAUGAUGCCUCUCGCUCCAGGGGAUGAUGGCAGGGUCAGCCUCGAUAUCAAGCCAGAUCUCGUACUCUCGUUCCAGAUCACCAAGGAAAACGCCAGAGCCAGAUAUUUGGGUCGGGCCAGAGACACCAACGACAGCGCAGACAAGUUUGAGAAGCGCUUCAAGGAGUAUGAGCUCGAGACAGUCCCAGUCGAGGAAGAGUAUCGCAACCGUGGUAUCUUGGUAUUCAUUGACGUCAAUGGAACGAAAGAGGAGAAUAUUGAGGCUCUGACUGGGUCACUUCAGCAGUGUGUCAUUUGGCAAAAGGUUACCAGCACAUAA